GCACGACGCAUGCGGGGUGUCGCUGGCCGCUGCGGCCCAGUUGCGUCACUCUUACUGGUUCAGGAAUUGCGGGCAGCUCUUAGCAGGCCACCCCCCAAUCAAUUUGGGGGAUCGUUGUGGAUGCAUCAUCGUCCAACCCGUUGCUAUCACCUGCCCAGCCCUCUGUGCUUCUGCCCAAGCACAAAGGACUGGGGAGCUUUGGUCGCCACCCCACCUACCCUCUUACCCCGUCCUCCUGGACUGCAGGUCUGCUUCUGUGCCUUGCCUGUUGUUGUCCAGCAUCUUCGACGAACCGGUUCACACGCGAGACACUCAGUGGAUACGCCAUACUACGGCAGCAACGCGGACCACACCAUGGCUGACCAGGAGAGCGCAGCUAACACUGUUGACGAGACGCCCAUCUCGCCCAGCCGGCCCAACCCGGCGAGGAAGAAUUCUCUUGAGCGCCAUCUGGCGCACCGGCCAGGCCGCCAGGAGCUCGUUGACCGGAACAUCCUCCCCGCCUCAACAGCCGCCCCGGGCAUCCAGGCACAGCAGAGAGAGCUCGAGAAGCACAUGCGAGCCGACUCGCUGAACGAAAAGAUCGCCCACCGGCCUUCGCCGGAGGUGCUGAUCAAAGAGGGCGUCCUCCACGAGGACCCGCGCUCGCCCGAGGAUAAAUAUGCCGAGGCGAUUGAGGAGGAAUACGCCAAACGGGAGGGCGGUGCAUAAGUGAGCUUGUCCCCGCGAGUACAGCUUUUGCGUUACUGGCCGGCAAACAAAGGUGAUAUUCCUGGCUGGCUUCGCAGGGCGCGGGUCAUGUUCGUAU